AUGGAGAAGCCACCAUUACUGAUGUGCAUCACGAAACGCAAAGGAGAUUUUAUGAAGAACUGUUCAUUUGGUGACAAUGAAAACGAAUUGUUAUAUGACAUUCCACCAGAUCGAGGAAAAUCCUCAGAGUACUGCACUAAGGAUGCGAUCGAAAAAUCUACUCUUUGUGGACCUUGUUAUGCAGAACAUGAGGUUGUUACAACCAGGGUGAAUUAUGAAAUUCGUGGAAUGAAUCAUAUUGAAGGUGGUUGGCCAAAAGACAUUAAUCCGACUGAUUUGGAGCAAACUGUUCGUUUCAAGAAAAAAAUUGAAAAAGAUGAUAUGUACAUUCAUUCAGUCCGUCAGUUAUCUUAUGUGAGUCAUUGA